AUGUAAGAUAAUACUAUUGCUGAUCGCAUGGCACCUUAUCUUUAAUUGUAGAUUUAUGCUAAGUUUACAUAAUUGGCUGUGAAGAAUUCCUGUGUUAAUACAAGGUUUUCCAAAUUUUCCUCCACCUUAAUUUUUAAGAUAAGCUAUUGCAGAAGAGGCAUUGACAGAGAGUUUGCAAUAUACAUAAACAGCUGGUCAUCCAAGAUUGAUGAAGGCAGCCUCUGACUUUUUUGAAAAGCAUAUGGGAAUUAAAGUGGAUAUUGCAAAAGAGAUAGUCGCAAGUUCUGGUGCAUAAUCAGUUUUAGCAUGUGUUUUCCAGGCUUUGCUUGAACCAAACGAUGAAGUAAUAUGUUUUGACCCUGCUUUCGGUAUUAAUAGUAGAGAUAUCAAAAGAUUUCUAUCGUCCCUUGAUUGAAUUCUAAGGUGCUAAACAUGUGGGAGUUCCAUUAAAACCUAGUCAAUUAAAUAGCAAAGCUAGUAUAUUGAACAGAUUUGAGAAUGGCAAAAUUAAAUUUUCAAAAGAGGACGAAUGGCAUUUGGACUAUGAUUAUAUUGAAUCGAGAUUAAAUGCAAGGACAAAAAUGAUAAUUUUGAAUUCGCCACAAAAUCCAAUUGGAAAGUAAUUUGUAACUGUAAUUGUUUUAGAGUUUUUUCAGUUGAAGAAUUAGACAGAUUGGCAGACAUAUUAGAUAAACAUCCAUAAGUAAUAGUAUGUGAAGAUGCUGCAUAUCAUCAUGUUGUAUUUGGUGGUUAUUAGCCAUUUUCAUAUCCAAGAUGUAUUACUCAUCCAAAAUUGAAAUCUAAGACUUUAUGUGUAACAAGUGCAGGUAAGAUGUUUUCAGCUACAGGAUUGAGAAUUGGAUUUGCAAUGGGAGAUGAAAAAUAUAUAAGAGGAAGAAAAUCUGCUUAAACCUAUCUUAACUUUUGUUUGAAUCCUGUCUUAUAAACUGCCACAGCGAAAUGCUUGGAGUAAACUUUUGAUGGCUAAUACUUUACCGAAAUCAGAGAUUUGUAUAUAGAAUAAUCGACUAUGUUACUAAAGGGUUUACUUGAGAGUAGAUUCAAUUUGCAUUUUUGGGUUCCAUAAGGAGGAUACUUUUUAGUUACUGACAUCAGUGAUGUAGAUAUAUCUGAGAAAUAUUUCAAAGAUGAUCAAGAUGGUCAUCAACUUACUAAAGAUUUUGCUUUCGCAUAUUACAUUGCCAAUGAAGUUGGAGUAGUGUGUAUUCCUUGUUCUCCUUAUUUUGAGAAUAAAGAGUUGGGUUCAAGAUUUGUCAGAUGGGCAAUUUGCAUGACUACAGAGACAAUUUAAGAUGCGUGUAAUCGUUUAAAAUGA